AUGGACCAUAAUGAAGAAUACUUUCUAGAAGUUUCGAAAUACAUUGAACCUACUCCAUUAAAACCAGAUUCUGUAAUCUCCAGGGUUUUUGGUGUUUCAGUGGUUAACAAUCAACGAAGAAGACGAAGAAAGAAGAAAGAAAAUGCCGUGCCUGAACAUUUCAACGAACGUGAGUCUUGAAGGAGUUGAUACUUCUUCUAUCCUCUCAGAAGCUACCUCUUCCAUUGCUAAACUCAUUGGCAAACCUGAAUCUUAUGUCAUGGUGGUGCUUAAGGGAUCAGUACCAAUGGCAUUUGGUGGAACUGAACAGCCUGCAGCGUAUGGUGAGCUUGUAUCCAUUGGAGGCCUUAAUCCUGAUACCAACAAGAAAUUGAGUGCUGCCAUUGCCUCAAUUCUCGAGACCAAGUUGUCCGUACCCAAAUCACGUUUCUUCCUCAAAUUCUAUGACACCAAGGGUUCCUUUUUCGGAUGGAAUGGAUCUACCUUUUGAAUAAAUGGGAAGGUGCGAUCGUUAAUUGCUUCAGUCUUUCACUACUAGAGCUUGUAUGCUGGAACUACCUCUGUAGUUGGUAGAAUGCUAUUAUCUAGUAUUGUGUCUUGAACUAAUAAAUAUGACACUGUAAUUAUCUUGCCUCUAUAUUGGCAAACCUCUAUUAUGGAGUUGUGAAUGUUAGCAUUUGCCACUAUAAGACAAGACUAUGAUAUCCUUAUUCUGUUUCAACUUUCAUGAUCCAUUAUGGGAAAUAUUCAGUCUUAUGUUGUC